AUGGCAACCGAGAUGCAGUCGUUCUAUACCCCUUCCACUUCCACCCACAUCUCGUCCCAUGCCCCGGCGGCCGUGGAUGAGCUAAUCAACAAAUACUCCUCUACAAUGUCGACCUCAACCUCCGCCAUCAGCCACCUGUCGAUGAAGAAAGCUCACCGGAAUGUCCUGCAGCGGAUUAUCGAUCGCAUUCGCCUAGAAUACUAUCGCUAUGAGGUCACGUUCGGGCUCUAUGUCAUGACGCCGGGAGAGAAGCUGGUGGCUAACACCUUUGUGAUUGUCGUGCUGUCCCUCCUGUUCUGGGCCCUGCUGGUUUAUUUCCCUGCGCUUCUAUACCAGAAGGCCAGCCGUCUUAUCUGGCUGUUGACUGGUGAGAACGGAGAGGAGAUGGGGGCUGCUUUGGGAAUCAUCGAUUCGCACGUCAACUCCAUGUCUACGCCUUCGAGCUAA